AUGGUGGACCACUCAACUGGUUCAGCCUCUGUUGGCAUCGUGGUGAGUCAACGGCUAGACAACUAUGUGCAGGUUGCCAACAGUGCAUGCGAGUGGCAGGAGAAGCUCCUCUGGAUCGCGCCGCAGAGGUACGUGUUCGUUGACGCCGCGCAACCGGCGGCUGAGAGCGAGCGGUGCGUGAGGAGUGGGCAAGGGUCUGAGCAACGUGGUUGGCAGUGGUCAGCGGAAGAAUGGAACGAAUGGUACAGUCAGGAGCCUCGAGGCCGCAGCAGGAGUGCGCACAGAUCAGGAUGGCGUAAAUUGGAAGUUCACGCAGUUCAAGAUGCGCAUGCGCUGCGGAUCGUGCAGCAGCUCAAAACGUUUGGAACCGUGGACACGUACCAUGAUGUUUGGAACAACAAGAUCGUGGCACGCUUUGAUCUGGCGACCCACGCUCGCCAAGCAAUGGCGCAGUAUAGUGCGAUUGACGGUGAGUAUUUGGCUUGGGUGUACGGUGCUGAGCGCGCUUUUCAAGCCACUUGUGUAACCAUGGGUUUCUGGUAUGCUGCGACAACGCACAAAGGGUGCUGGGAGACUGUGCUGAGCGGCGCAGUUGGCGUGGUGAAAAGCAGGGAGCUGCGGGCUUUCCAUGGGAACUGGAACCUUGAGUUGCGCGCGCGUAUUUCAUGCAGCCCAGGCGCUGCUGCUAUGACUGGCCGCUCGAAGCGGCAACAGAAGCGGGAGAGGGAGCAGAAGUAUUGGGACAGGGUGUGGGCACAUGCGAAAGCGUACACGCACCCAUGGAUUCGUUACAGGAAGAAGGCGUAUACGGCAUACUUCGAUGCCGUGUUGAGUGCCUUCGUUGAGCAGUGGGAGGGCCGUGGCGACGCAGUGCUCACAGGGCAGAAGCCUGGCUCCAGGAAGAAGCCGGAGGGGAAGUUGCGAGUCGAGGUGGCAGAGAAUCGCCGGGAGAGGGAGACGCCGUGCGAUGAUGCCGCGCCGGCAGUGGCACAGCGCCCUGCGAGCCAGAACGGCCAGCCUAUGAACAGCAAUGUUCGACGUUGGGGCUUGAGCUUGCGGCAGCGCAAAGACCAUCUGCGAGAGCCAGGGUUGAAAGCCCGUGAGGCUGAGUCGGUGAGGAAGCAUUUAGUUGCAGAGUUCCACCCGCGAUGGGGCCGUGGAAAGUAUAUUCUGCAUUGUCCGAAGCGCGAGCAUUUCUUCGCGGCGGAGGUUUUCGUGGACGGGAGUGCGGCAUUUUGGACAGGGCGCAAGCGACACGUCCGGUGGGACGUGUCAGUGGCACUGCUGGAGCGCUUCGCGCGGGAUUGGGCAACCUUUCGGAUUCAGCAAGCCCCUGCAGGCUUGGAAGUGAUGCCCUCUGAUUGCUUAGGUGGUGCGACAAAGGGCGCAGAGCUGGCUGGAGUGAUUUCUUGUGUGGAGAGCUCGUGCCCGAUACCCUUUGCAGAAUUGUGUGCCAUCCGGGCAACCUGUGGAUGUUUGAUAGCAGCACUGGGAAAUUUAGAGGAACGCUAUGCACUGCUCCGAAAGCAAAUCUUGGGGCAACUCCGGCGGGCAUUGAAUGGGCGCGUCCUGCCCCCUCGGUUUACGCAGAGAACUGUGCCGCGGCUCACUUGGGACCUGUACUUUUGCAGAUCCUUGGAAGCCUCGCAUUUUCCACCGGCGCCAUUCUACGGAGAGGGGGUUGAUGGCAAUGGCUCGUUUGGUCGCGCGUGGCAAUGGCGCAAUGAGCAGGACAAAGGCGUGCUGGAUGCGAUGAGGGCGCGAGCUGUGCAGGAAAGACACUAUUCCCAGAUGUGGUCAGCGGAAGCGGGUGACGCCUGGUGGCGUCAGUCGGCGAGGGUGGUCCAGCUCUUGUUCGGGCCUGUACGGGUGUUUCUGAUCUUUGAGGAACUUUGCAAGGUUGAUGACGCAGGCCCACCGGGAGAUCAUGCCGAAGAGUACAGCGAGCAGGCGACCGUCGUGGAUUGCUUGCAGGUUGGCGCCAAAAAUGACCGUGGCGAGUGGACUUGCUGGGGUUCGCCUGAAAAUUUCUUGUGGCUUCAGGAGAACCACAGCAAACACCAAAUCUACGACAGGAAUUUGGUGCAGCAGUACUCUAAGCUGUACGCUUGGGUACUUGACCAUGUGGAGCCAUACAACACUCCACGACCAUACCCCCACCCUGCAGGUUGUCGAACGUGGGUGCGCUUAGUGCCUCCUCAACCCAGUGGGCCUGCCAAAGAGUGGCCGCGCCCAGCAGAUGUGGCAGUCUUUGAAGCACAGGACGGCUUUGCGCCGGAGGUAGGGGUGCUCGCAAUGACAGAGGCUGAGGCUGCGACCUUGGGCUUGGAAAGCUGGAACAAUCAAUCGUGUAUUUCAGCAAACACCGCUGGUGAUGGAGCGUGCGGACUCCACGCGGUAUUUGGUGCACACAAUGGGCAGGGACAGUUGGAAUGGCAAGAGCGUGACGGACGGAAACUGGUCGCAGCCGGCCUGGAGCAGGUUGUUCUGUCCGAAGCAGCGGAGCAGUACCAAGCCGUGCAAACUGCAUUGUGGUACGAACUAGCUGUGCCAAACUUUGGGGAAGAUGUGCCUUCCACCGCAGAGAGCAAGAUAUUCUGGAAGCAUGUCCGGAGGGUCUGCCCAACGAUGCCCGAUCAGAUUGCGGAGCAAGUGCAGAGGGCCGCAGACAGAAGACCCGCCACAGAUGCAUUGCAGUCAAAGCUGAAUGAGCUGUGCCGUCGCUUUUUCUUUGAGGGUGUGGGCACUGAAGCUCUUUGCAAUAGACUGGGUUUCGGAGUGGAUGACAGGGAGGCAGCGUGCUAUGAAAGUAGGGUUGCUGGGCAGAUUGUGAAGGGUUCAGGCUUGGAGCGCCCCACCACCGCCGGCGAGCCCGAAACAAAGUGGCAAGCCGUUCACCAUCCACAUCCCAGGUAUGAUGCGCUUCGGAAGGCCGUUUUCUUGAAUCAAAAAACAGAGGCCGCCGUGCAAGUGUUGCGGGAAGGCCACGAGGUGGAGCUGUGUCAAGAAUUGGCCGAUACCUUGUUGCAGCGCGCGGCAUGUGGGAGCUGCGCAGUGGAGCCGCCUGCCUACUUUGCAGAACAGGUGUUGCCUGCCUAUAUAGCUGCAGUACAAGAGGCUGGGUAUUACUUCAGCGCUGAUGAGUUGGUUGCUGUGGCGCAGCAUUGGGGGCGUGGCUUGGCUGUUGUCAAGCGGAACCAUAGUGGCAGAUUUGUCUUGUCUGCUUGCACGGCGCAACAGCCAGGCCCAAUGGCUGUCGUCUUAGUCAAAGGUGCUCGUUCGCACUUCGAACGGUUGGCUUUGGAGAGUGAUGUUGCGGCAGCUCAACAACAAAGGCGCUGCGCAGAACCUGGGGCCGUGGAGGGAGAUGCGCCAUCUUUACAGACAGAGGGCGAAGUGGCCAGCGCAAACGGGGACGCUUCAUUCAGUCAGGGGGAGCUUAGCAGCAAGGCUGCGCGUGACUGCAGAGAAGACAAGGAAAGAAGUCCAGCCUUUGGUGGAGAUGGGGAUGGAACUUGUGAGUUUGAGGCUGCAGUGGCGCAGCUCCUCCUCACGUUCGAAGAAGGUCGCGACGCUGCCACCUUUCUGGCGGGCUUACCGCUUUACAGCAAGGAGCUAGAGGCGAUGUCUCCGGCAGAGAUGAGGGAGCAGCUUUGUCGCUUGGUUGCGGCCUACGAAUUUGACGCCUUGACGGCUGAGGAGAUCGACGUUUUUCCCGCUGGCAGUCUUGAUGGAGGCAUGGAGCAGAACGACAGGUGGGAUAAGUUUCACAUUUUCGAGGCAAUGACCCAUUGCGCAGCAGUGGACAAACUAAAGCUGACUGAUGGCUACGGCGCCAUUGUUGCUGGUGAAGGCGGCAGAAGGAGAGCUGCGUGCCGAUGCUUGCAACCCGCUAGAAAGGACGAAUGUGACGAUCGUGCUUCUGCAGCAACAAUCCGUCUACCAGCAGUGGUGGGUUGCCAGCGAGCACAGGAAUCGAAUCGGGCUGGCUCAAAGGUGUUUGUUCUCUUUUGGUGCAGCUCGAGAGCCUGGCCGCCGAAGUGGCAAGCCUUUGAGAAGAUUUGCGUCGCGCCCAUACUGGAGCGCAUCUUCACGGCCAUCUUGAAAACACUGGGUCCCAAGGCCCCAUUGACAGAGAAGACGCCUGGCGCUCUUUGGAGUGUCAAUGCAGAGGGCAAGGAAGUCUUUCAUCAAUAUCGGCUGGGUUGCUUUGAUGUGAGCAAAAGGACACAAUUCGGCGAAACCUUCCAGGGCGGCCUCAACAAAGGGCCUUACAUGGUCAGCGCAUUGGCUUUGUGUGGGCGAAUUCUCGAAGGCGUGUGGGAAUAUGCAUGUGGACGGACCAUGUACAAGGACACAUCCCGAUUGGUGGCCGAAGCCUGUGUGCACGGGGCUGAGAGGGCCGGUGAACUUGGCACUUGGGAAACAGCCGAUGGCGAUGAGCCGCUGCUGCUUCUCUUCAUGAACCGUUUUUGUGCCCUCGUGGGGCAAACUGAUGGUAAGUCUGACGCCCCAGCCAAGAGCCUGCACAUCUUCCAAGGUAUCACUGGAGGCAUUGGAGCAUUGCACAGGGCCAAUCUGAUCGGCUUUCUCUUCCUUUUUGUUGAAGAGUAA